CUAGGGGGAGGAGAGGGGCAGGUGGCGCGGCUGCUGGCGGAGCGCAGUCGCCCGGUUGCUUCGGUCGCCGUGGUCGCCGUGGUGGUCGCGAGGCGAGGCCGCGGUGGGUCCGGAGCUGCUCUGACUGAAGGCUCAGAACAAAUGUAGAAAGAUGUUCACUUCAGAGAUGGGGGUUGUGGAAGAAUGGCUGUCAGAAUUUAAGACCCUCCCAGAAACAUCUUUGCCAAAUUACGCCACAAAUUUGAAAGACAAGAGUUCAUUAGUUUCGUCUCUCUAUAAAGUUAUCCAGGAGCCACAAAGUGAGUUGCUAGAGCCUGUGUGUCACCAGCUCUUUGAGUUCUACCGCAGUGGGGAGGAGCAGCUGCUGCGGUUCACCCUGCAGUUCCUCCCGGAGCUGAUCUGGUGCUACCUCGCCGUGUCAGCCAGCAGAAAUGUGCACAGCAGUGGCUGCAUCGAGGCCCUUCUUCUAGGGGUUUACAACCUGGAAAUAGUUGACAAACAGGGACAUAGUAAAGUAUUGAGUUUUACAAUUCCAUCUUUAUCCAAACCAUCUGUAUAUCAUGAACCUUCCAGCAUCGGGUCUAUGGCUCUGACGGAGAGUGCGCUGUCCCAGCAUGGCUUAUCAAAAGUCGUGUACAGUGGGCCCCAUCCUCAGAGGGAGAUGCUGACAGCACAGAACAGGUUUGAAGUGUUGACAUUCCUUUUGUUGUGUUACAAUGCUGCCUUAACCUAUAUGCCCAGUGUUUCUCUUCAGUCACUGUGUCAGAUUUGUUCAAGAAUCUGUGUCUGUGGAUAUCCUCGACAACACAUAAGAAAAUACAAAGGCGUAAGUAGCAGGGUACCAAUUUCAUCUGGAUUCAUGGUGCAGAUGCUAACAGGAGUCUAUUUUGCCUUAUACAAUGGAGAAUGGGAUCUGGCGCAGAAAGCAUUGGAUGAUAUUAUAUACAGAGCCCAGCUAGAAUUGUAUCCAGAGCCACUGCUGGUUGCUAAUGCAAUAAAGGCUUCAUUGCCUCAUGGUGCCAUGAAAUCUAGUAAGGAAGGCACAAGGUGUAUUCAAGUUGAAGUCACACCAACUUCCUCUAGAAUAUCAAGAAACGCAGUUACCAGCAUGUCAAUAAGAGGUCACAGGUGGAAACGACACGGAGAUACAGAAUUCACAGGUCAAGAAGAACUGAUGGAGAUAACUGAAGUUGACGAGGGAUUUUAUUCCAGGGCUGCGUCUAGUACCAGCCAGUCGGGUCUAUCAAACAGUAGUCACAAUUGUAGUAACAAGACAAGUGUAGGGAAGAACCAGAGACGGUCGGGAGUAAGCAAAGCUGGAGCAAAAGAGAGAGAGACUGCAGGGGAGUCUUGCAGAGAUCACUUUGCUCGCAAACAAACCCAGAGAGCCCAGAGCGAGAACCUUGAGCUUCUCUCUCUGAAGAGACUGACCUUGACCUCCAGCCAGUCCCUGCCCAAGCCCAGCAGCCAAGGCUUGGCUAAGACUGCGGCCACUGUGUUUAGUAAGUCCUUUGAACAGGUCAGUGGUGUCCCAGUCCCACGCAGCCCCUCUCCUGCCGUCGGCUGUGUUGCUGGGGCAGAUGCCCAUAGAUUUUCUGCUUGUAGUCUCCAAGAAGAAAAGCUCACUUACGUAUCAGAAAGGACCGAGCUUGCAAUGAAGUAUCAAGCAGGUCCUCAAGGAACCCCCAGUAUUAGCAUCACUUUGUCCGCAGAUUAACUUGUAACGUAUUUUUCUCCUGUAAGCAGUGGAGCUGGGAAGAUGGCUUUGCUCCUUUAUGAGAGUACGGAGUCCUCAUGCCUGGUCCUGGCAGGAGCCUGUGUCUCGAGGUCCGAAGGCUCCUUUGACUAUGAAGGGAACAAUGUCUAGUUUGCAGUUAGCUAAGACGUGGUCUUGUUAUCUCCUGGGUGCCCUUUUCCCUUGGUUUGAGUUCCUUAUUAUUUUCUUCCUCUUUCCUGUUAGUUGUUAUUGUUGCUUUAAGACUGUCAGUGUCACAAUAAAUUUUUGCAGUUGUCUGAGUUGGUUACAUCCUCGGUGAGGUUGUUUUUAAUACCUCGUGUUUUAGUGUCUGCGUGUUUGCCCUGAGAAGUCAGAGAGUCUCUGUGUGAGAGGACCCGGCUGUGGAGCCUGGACAGAGGAGAGGCCAUGAAGCCACGACAACAAACAGGCGUGAGAGAAAACAAAAGCAAUGAGAGCAUUGAGGAUGCCAAGUGCCAGUAAAAGCUCUGUGACCACAUCAUCCUUAAGAUGAGGACAGUUGGCUCACACGCUGCGAGUUGCCUGGCAGGACACUUGCAAAGGGAAGGUGGGAGGAUUUCUGUUGGUGUCCUUGGAACAUUAAACAGCAAUACUGAGAUUGCUGGUAGAUAAAAUGUUUUCAAGUGUUUGAUCUGGAUUCCACGGGUGAAAGUCCCUUUGGGUUUCUAAAGUGUAACCAGCCAUGAAGCUGAUUGACUCUGCUGCUCGACUUUGGAAAUCCUAGUUAGUUUGUAUUCAGAGUUCAGAGCUCGAGUCACAGAAGACUUCCUGGAAACCACUGUAAAUCUUACAACACAACUCCCAGGAUACCAGUGUCAAGCAUUUAAUAGUGAAUUGUCUGCAAAUGAAGGAAAUAGAUAAUUUUUCAUCUACAAAAAUGUGAUAAAAAGAAAAUGAAGAUAGUGAAUAUGGACAAAGAAAAUUUGUGCGUUAAUUUAGGAUUGCUUGUGUUUGUCUUCUUAAAUUUAGCAUAAGAAAAGAAGAAUGUACUUCUUGUUUGUGAGCUUCCAAUGUUCUUGUCAUGAUGUAAAAAGAAUAAUUCAGUUGCACACUCACCCCUACCAGUCAAGUACUUAGACUAAGAAAGGCUAAGCAAAUGUGUCUGUAGCUCUUGAGAGCUCUGUGACUCUGGACAGACUCAAAGGCUCAGUGCCUGUCCUGUCUGCUUGGUUUGCCAGUCUAGGAAGCCGGUGUGCUUGAGUAGUGAUUUGUGGUGGCAGGAAGCAAGGUUGAUGGGGAAGACCUAGGAAACUGACCACUUCUUGGUUCCACUGACUCUUAAUACACCAAGGUCUCCUUAUUCGUGGUCCCUAGCUGUGGUCACAAGAAUAUGCUUGUUUCUCUUUUGAACCUGCACAUGUUGUAGAGUGCAACGCAUUUACGAUUGAGAUAGAUAAAGUUUUAAAUGCUUACCUACCAGUUUAAGCCUAGUUAUCUAAGACCUGAGGGUUGUUUUUGUUUUUGUUUUUUUGCAUACAUGAGUUUAACAUUUUAGUUUCAGUAACAGAAUGAACUGUUGGCUUAAAUUGUUCUCAAAAGUUAUAAGGUAACUAGACUGUAAAAUUGAUAUUGGAAUGAUUUAAUAGUAGUCUUAUGUACAGUUGAAAAUGUUUGUAAAAUGUCACUGUGAAUUCCUGUUGUAUUUUUGUAAUUCUUUAACGAAGAAUUUUUCUUACACAGUUACUAACAGUAUUGAUAAUAUUAAGAAGAAAUUGAAAAGAUUGUCAUUAGGCAAGUUGAGGUGCUUGUUUAUGCAUAGAAUAAGUUUAAAGAAACAUUAUCUGGCAUAAUGAAAGAUCAGGAUAAUGUUCAGCUAUAUAAUGAAACCUCAUUUUGAUAUUGUUCAAGACUUUUGCUACCAUUGGUGUUACCUGGUAUCUUAAUAAAGCUUCACAAUUUUAGGGGGCAGACCUAGUAAAUCAAAACUGGUAUUUUAACAAGGUCCCCAGGGACACUUGUGUGCAUUCGUCUUUGUGAAGACAGUUUCAGAGUGCUAAUUACUUAUUUAAUACGCAGGAGUCUCAGUGAUCUCACGGUCCUCAAGCACAGAUAUUAGAUACUAGGUUGUCAUAAUUGUCACUGCUUUUGACAGCUAAUUCACUUUUUAAUAACAUGACUUGUUACACCUCAUUUUAAGUUCCUAGUCCCCACUUAUUUCUGUAAUAAAAAUGUAGUAUCUUCUGCUUCUCUUGCUGACUGUGAAUGAAACCAGAGCCUUGGAUGCUGCAGGCUUUAAGUGGAAAAGACCCUGACUUUGUUCUUGACCUCUUACAUGAUGCACAAAAUAUUUACAUGUGUUCAUUCUCUUUUACGAAAUCUGCAACAGCUUACACCAUGGAGUGAAUCUGAAUUUUUGCUCCAGAUGAUUUACACCGAUUUAUUCUCUAGACUAUGGAGUUAUAUUAACAAUAAAUUCUUUUAUACUGCUUUUGAUACUAUUUCAAGUAAGGAUUGUGUACAUUGAAGGCUUUUCAUAACAGUUGUAAAAGUCGGAUGAUAUUAACUAUGGCAACAAUUGUUAUACUCAAAACUCUUUCCCUACUCAUCUUUCAAAUGUGAAAAGUUGGGUGGCUUUGUGGGUCACUUUCCUAUAAAGAUGUUAAGUGUAGACAUUUUGUAGAUCUGGAGUAACGGCUUUUACCAAGAAGAUUCCACACAAAACUGGGCCGGGCACCCCAUAGUUCAGAUCUAGGAUGGGUUCUUGAAUUAACCUGACCCUUGCAUUCUUAAAGCCAUGCUGCCUGGGCACUCCUAUGAAGCUGUGCCCAGCACUAGCCUCUGAACCCAAGAGAGAAGAAAAGUAGACUUUCCCAAGGGUUCUGCUUCCCACCCAGGAGCCUCCCUUCCUCUCCUGGGAGCCUCCAGGGAGCACCCUGGGGUCACUGGGAUGCUGCCUGAACUAUCCAUCUCCGUAGUACCAAAGAGCAGGGAACAUUUCAAUGUCCUUUCAAUUGUAAAGCAACCACUCUGCAAAUAAUACUUAGAUGUAAGGGAGACUUAUCUUUAAAUCAAAAAGGAUGCAAAAGAUCCCAGUUUACAGGGAUUUUUGCCCAUUUUGGGAAGUCUUAACUAAAAUGUUGAAUGGUAAAUUAUGGAGGAAAGUGUUUACUCUGAAACCUGAUUUUAGGCAAAGAGUUGAAGUAAGGCAGCUUAAUGUUUAGAUAUAUAGGCACAUUAAGCAUCCAUACAGGAAAGCACAGUAAGGAAGCAUAUGAUAAAUAUUAUAACAGAAAAAUAUUUAGAAAACACAAUGUUGAGUACUAAGGCAUUGUAGAUAGAAACUAACGUACAGUGUUGUCUUCCCAGUUAGUCCCUUAGUGAACACAAGUUCAUACUUGCAGGCUUGCUGCUGAGUGCUGACACUGUGGGCACUGACAUGUGUGCUUAACACUGCUCAAGGCUUACCAGAGUGUGCAGGGUGCUCGUCUCUGCACGCUGCCGCUUGCACACAUCCAGAAAGACUUAAGCGUGAACAAUUUGAAGAUGGUUUUGUGUUUUACAGUAGAGUGCUAGUGGACAUGGGUCUCAAUUGUGUUUUUUUUCUCCUCUCCCCCAUACUGUCUGUUGUUGGAGCUGACUGUGCAGCCCUGACCUUCCCUUCUGAUCGUGUGGUUGUGCUAAAUUCUUCUCACAGACACGCUUGCUUGUCAUUGUAUUCCUAGAGUUUACAUUCCUAAGAAUAAACAUGGCUUUGGAUAUUUUUAUGUGCUCUCUAUGUUUUUAGGGUAUGAAAUAAACUGGAGUUGAGUUUUUGGAAGUUUCGUACAUUUGUAUAAACAUUCUCCACAUGCAGCACUUUAUACAUCGUGUUUCCUCUUGUUUUGUUGAAAUAAAAACUAAAAACUGA